UAGCCAAUCGCUAUUGAGUUGGAAUGUCAUCCUCAAUAUGGCGGCAAUCAUAGACUGGAGGAGACGCGGUCGAAUGUUUCAAAGAUUUGUUUUUUGCGACAGACACCUAUUCAAGUUAGCGCGAAGAAAUGCAUCUCUAUCAUCAAAACCUCCAGCAGUGCACUUGCAGAACGACCAGGAGCACUGCCUUCAGCUUGUCCGAACACGGGAUUAUGAAGGCUUCUUGUGUUCACUUUUGCUACCUCCGGAAUCCCGACGAUCUUCAAUUGCUGUGAGGGCCUUCAAUGUGGAGCUCGCUCAGAUUAAAGACCUGGUGUCUCAAAAAACUAUGGGUCUAGUCAGAAUGCAGUUCUGGAAGAAUGCACUGGAAGAGAUCUUCAGGGAUGACCCUCCACAUCAGCCAGUAGCUAUGGAACUUUGGAGGGCUAUAAAAAAACACAGACUGACAAAAGGAUGGUUUUCAAGAAUCAUUAAUACAAGAGAGGAAGAUUUAAAUGACCGGGCCUAUCGUAAUAUACAAGAGCUAGAAACAUAUGCAGAUAACACACAGUCAUCUCUUCUGUACUUAUUAUUGGAAACACAAGGUGUAAAAGAUAUCCAUGCAGACCAUGCAGCUAGUCACAUUGGGAAAGCGCAGGGCAUUGUCACCUGUCUACGGGCAGUGCCAUACCACAGCAGCAAGAGAAAAGUAUAUCUUCCAAUGGAUAUUUGCAUGUUGCACGGUAUUUCACAAGAAGAUAUCAUGCGAGGAAGCCAAGAGAAACCUGUCAAGGAUGUUAUUUAUGACAUUGCAUGUCAAGCUCAUGUUCAUCUGCAACAUGCUAGAUCAUUCAGUGAAAAAUUACCACCAGCAGCAGUCCCUGCAUUUUUACAAACUGUAUCGGUUGAAGAUUAUUUAUGUCGUAUUAGGAGAGCAGAUUUUAACGUCUUCCAUCCAAGCCUACAAAAAAGAAAUCCACUUCUACCUUUGCAUUUAUAUAUCAGCUCCUGGAGGAGAAAGUAUUAAUGCUUUUACACCUUUUAAAAACAAUAAUCCUUUAUGUUUCUAAGCUAUUAGUGCUUGGCUGUGCAACAUUCGUUUGUACUUAACAGUAUUGUGUAUAUAUAAUAGAAUAAAGAAAAUCAUAAGAAUU